UUCCUACGUAUGUAUUCGCCUUCUACGUACAUCCAGCUCCCAUGGUGCUUUGCGUUUUCUAGCCAUCUUGUCGAGUGAGAGGAAGAGAAACGCCGUUAGCUUCAGCUUGUGAAAUUCAGCAACAGCAGCCUGUAGAUGGGACGGACUGUGCUAUAGGGAGGCUAAAUUUACUUCCUUUCCGGUAGAUAUCUGCGUCUGAAGUUGGUCUUUUCUCGUCAAGAGACGGAGAUGAACACGAACUUUUUCCCAGGAUGAUUUACAUGCUAGUUCCCAGGUAGGAAAGUGCUUUUGAAGAGGAUUGAGUUGACGAACGGGCCCGCCUCAGACUGUAUUAUCGAUAGCAGCUGGUUAGCUCUAUCUGCGACAGCGGCCUUCUGGCAACUCCGGAGCCGGGACACCAACGUUCGCGACUCUACGGAACAGGCCGACUAUUACGGACAGCUUGCACUCAGUCUGUGGUAUUGGGGAGGUAGGUUGGAAUCAGUUUGGAUAGCGGGGACGCCGUUUUUUGAACGUCCGAGCUUUUUUUUUUAGUCAGUAAAAUGCAACAGGAGUGGAGAGCCAUGAAGAUGACGUGCAAUCGUCACUUUAUCAGUUACCAACUGUGAACUUGUUACAUAGUUUGCCAGCUAAGCUAACCAGCUAGCUUUCUGAAAUAUUUCCAAAUUGUGCUCCUGAGUUAAGACUCAAACCUCGACACACUUUCAUCUUGCUGACGGAGUUAGAGUGGCUCACACCAUAGUGUUCAAAAUGUCGAAAAUGCCGGCUAAGAAGAAAAGCUGUUUUCAGAUUACAAGUGUGACACAGGCUCAGGUGGCGGCUAGCAGCAUCACUGACGACACCGAGAGUCUGGACGACCCAGACGAAUCAAGGACCGAAGACGUGUCAUCGGAAAUCUUUGACGUGUCCAGGGCCGACUAUGACCCGGAGGUGUGUGAUAUUAGUUCAUCGGAGGAAACUCUGAACAACGUGUCGGAGACAGAGGCAAGCUCCUCUGCUAUGAAGUCUCAUAUACCUCAGGAUGUGCAUAUAGCCUCAGUGUCAGGUCCACCUAACGGGGGUGUUGCCUAUCGAAACACUGGCCCUGCUCAUGCCAACACGCAUGUUGUAGGAGGGAAUAUGCCAGCGACUACGUAUGCGGCGCCCACCCCGCAGUCAACAGCGGUUGCCAGUCAGUCAUGCAGUACUCCGCAGCCCCCCCCUGCUGCGUCUAGUUCAACAACUAGCUGCAGUUCUCGCUUCAGAGUCAUUAAACUAGAUCAUGGUACAGGAGAGCCUUUCAAACGGGGUAGAUGGACGUGCACAGAGUUCUAUGACAAAGAUUCUGAAAGUUCUUCUAUCAGUAGGACUGUGGAUAGCAGUAAGCAUGUGGUCACCCUGGACCACAGUGUUGACAAGGACACAGCUGGUUCAGUGGCAACCCACUCAGAGUCCGCAUCGGAGAGUGGCUACGUGUCUGCACCCCAAGGUGAGGCACAGAGUUAUGGGAUCUCGCAUCAGGCUUUUGGAGGGGCUUCUCAAAGCUUCACUGCCUCUGGACUUAAUGGUGUGCUUCAAGGCCCGCCAACCUCCAUGCAUAUGCAGAAGUCACCUGGCAUGCCUCCUUCCACUCAACCCCAGCAGUUUCCUUACUCCCCCCAGCAACAGCAGCAGCAGCAGCAGCAGCAGCAUCAUCCCCCCAGCCAUAACCUCCCAUCAGUGAUGCCCCCCACCCAGCUGGACUACAGACAACAACAGCAGCAGCAUCAGUCGACUGUGGCACCCCAGCCUCCAGGCACCACCACAUCCACAACGACACACACACUUCCUGUGGCUUCUCUCCCUGUGGGAGCCCCCCUGAGCCAGGGCCCUUCACCAGUCAUCACUCCUGCUGGUGUCCCUCACCAUAUGCUGGGGCUAGUGACCCAUGUGGGAGAUUCGGCAGGACCUGCUGGAGGGUCUCUUUCCAGUGGACAGACAGCAUCAGCUCAGGGUCUCCCGCUUCAGCAAUCAGCUGCUGGGCUUGGUGGCCUGUUUCAGGGUGGACAUCCGCAGCAGCCAACGCAGCCCAUUGGGCAGGCAGCCCCUACAGCCAUGAUCCCUGGCAUCCUAUCUGGCAACCCCACUGCCGCUCACACCAUGCCAAGUCAGGCCCUGGCAGGUGGGGUGUUAAGCCAGAACCAGCCCCAGCCAUCGUGGUCGGGGGCGCCACAGAGUGAGGAGACCCAGAGGAAGUCAGAUGCCCUACCUCAGCCUACCGGCAUGCUGGGAAAAGACGCUGGCAAAUCUGUCAUUCCAGAGGGCCUGACGCUAGGAGCACCAGUUGUCAACGCUUUGUUUGGGAUUCCCAUUUCCAUUGAUGGGGAUGAGGACAGGAACCCAUCUACGGCUUUCUUCCAAGCUUUCCAAACUAGCAAGUUGCGGGAGUUAAAGCCCUUGGGUGAUAGUGCUUCUGGAGCCAGCGUUGUAGCCAUUGAUAAUAAAAUCGAGCAGGCAAUGGAUCUGGUGAAAAGCCAUCUAAUGUAUGCUGUGCGUGAGGAGGUGGAGGUCCUUAAGGAGCAGAUUAAAGAGCUGUACGAAAGGAACUCUGUGCUGGAAAGAGAGAACGCCGUGCUAAAGUCUUUGGCCAACACUGACCAGCUCUCCCAGCUCUCGAACCAGAUCACCACCCCCCCGGGCAGCACGUCGCCCCCCCAGCAGCAGCAGCAGCAGCAGCAGCAGCCUUAUCAGCCCCAGCAGAACCCCCCCACCAGUGCCGAACCUGCAGCACCCCCCCUCCAGCCCCACAACCUCUCCUCCGCCUGAAGUGCUUUCUCUGUCUCCCGGCACAGCACGGGAUGUGUAGAAACAUUUUAAGAAUCAAAAAAGAGCAAACAUCUUUGCAGUUUUUUUCUUUUUGUCAAGAAGGAAAAAAAAAAAAUCAGCCUUGUUUGUUUUUUUUUUGUUUAUUUUUGCCACCGACGUCUUUUAACUAGUGAAGAGCCAUGCUUCAGUGUGCUGUGUUGUGUGGCCUUCCCAGUAUUAGACAAUCAUCAUGUGAGUGCUUUCCUGUUCUCUGGCCGUGCGCCAAGCAUCCGCAGCAGGGGCUGGCCCAGGGGUGCCGGAGGGGGCGAGGAGGUUGUGCGGAGUACAGAGAAGAGCGGGAAGGCUGGGUGGCUGGCUGGCUAGAGGCAGUGCUGGGGGGAGAGGCCUGCGGAGGAGCUUGUCCAGCUGCAGCAAGUCCUGCUUAAGGUGUUGGUUCUGUGGAAUGAGUUUUGACAGGGAAUUGGACACUUUUGAGGGGGAAUGAAUGCUUAAUUUAGGAAAACGGGGGUCUUGGGUGCGAUGGUCAGCCUUGUUUUUUCCUUUUUGGUUUUAAAAGUCCUGUUUUCAUGUUGCAAGAACUGCGCAUUCAGUCAUUUUCCCCCCCUUCCUUUUCUGUCUCCUGAGGUUAUUAUUCAACAUGAAAACGACAGAUAAAGACAACAGUUCAGAUUUUACUGUUUUGCUGUUUUAUUUAUUACUGGGCUGCUAUUUUCAUAACGUAAAUGAACAAUGCCACAGAAAUAGUUUAGUAGUGGAUAAAAUUCCUGGCUUAUGAAAUUUCAAAUAGUCACACAUUUGAAUGUUACACCACAUGAAUUAGACACAGUGAAGACAAUAGAAAUCCCUAUGACAACUCAACACUAAUGGCAAUUAUAAAACUGGCAUUGCUAACAAACAGUAGGUAAAGUCUACAAUGAAUGUACAUUUGUAAAGAGUGUAAAGUAUUAAGAGCAUAGCAAGUUUGUACAGGUGAAACACCAGUUCUUAUGAAAUGACAAAUUUUAACAAAUCUAUAGUGAGAUAUUUUGAUGAAGAAAACUUGUUCAUUUGUUCUUUUUUUGAGAAUGGUGAGGUGAUUGCCAUACAUCCCCAGACUAGUUGAGAAAAUUAAAAAGGUGCAUAGUUUGUUUUGGGAGGUGGGGGGCAAAAAGCUGUGAAAUUGUUCAACAACCUGUUUGUAACCAAAGAAGCAAAGCUGUGUAAGUCUAUUUUUUAAUUUUGUAAUGCACACUCUAUGUUUUUUUUUUUGUUUUUUUUUUAAACUUCACAUCAGUUUUGUUUGAGUGGGAUCUGUUUAGCAUGUUCUGCAUGAUGUAUAAUCCAACCACUUUCUUACCUCAUGUUUGUACUUGGCACUCUUAUCGUAACAUAGUAGUCUGUGAACAACUGUCAUCUUGGAAAGAAUGGUGCAAGUGUUGGUGUUUAGAGAGGUGGAGGGGUAUUAUAGAUGGUGUUUUGCUGGAGGAUUUGCUUGGAGUUAUUUAAAAUGUGCUAGUACAAAAAUGAAGUGAGCAGUCAUCUUGUCAAUGUUCAGUGAUGUACUUCAUAUGCAGAAUAAAAGGUUUUGGGGUGUGGACAAUUCUAACAUGUUUGACAUGUAAUCAUUUUAGAUUCAGAACUGUGUACUUUGAGUACUGAAACUCCUAAAACAUGGCAAUUGAAAGCCAAAAUUUGAACACCCACAAAAGAUGAACAGUUGUGUGUUUUUAUUAUUAUUUUUUUUUAGCAAUCUCAUUUGAAAGCGCCAGAUCUGUGAGAAGCAUAUGGUAUGUCCUCUGUGUUUUCUAAAUGUUUUCUGUGCCUCUUGUACCGUUGCUUCUGUACUUGACCUGGGUCAUAGUUUGUAGCUCAGUACGAAUCCAUACCAAACACACAUGGGUUACUUGUACAGUCUUGUCUCCUCUGCCAGAUUUUCGUUUCCAUUCUCCACUGGCAUUGUGUGUUUUGUCUGAAGGAAAUUUAGUAAACAAGCAAAUUGUAUUGUAUGAACUUGAUCACUGAGCCUUUGAGAGAUCUUUUAAAAAAAAAAAAAGAAAUGCCCUUGUAAUGUGCUAUUUCUGACAUUUUGUUUUCUCCAUCAAAAAUAAAUUACUGUUCUAUUUAGAACAACCCAAUCA